AUGGCGCGUGGCGAUGGUCAGCAAAACCAGCAAAACCGUUUCAAUCCUUUGUCUUCUUCUCCUCCGGAGGCAGCCUCUGCUUCGAGGUCGGUUAGCACCAUGGAUGACACAAACAGUCCAUUCUUCCUCCAUAAUGGAGACAAUCCUGGGCUGAUUCUGGUUUCUCAUCCCUUUACCGGAUCCAACUACAACACUUGGAGGAGAUCAAUGCUCAUGGCCCUCAACGCCAAGAACAAAGUUGGAUUUGUGGACGCUACCUUGCUGAGACCAUCUGCGGGUGAUUUAACCUUCAAUUUUUGGUCCAGAUCCAAUAGUAGGGUCGCCUCUUGGUUGCUUAACUCAGUUUCAAAGGAAAUAGGAGACAGCCUUCUCUACCUUGAUAGUGCCAGGGAUAUAUGGAUCGAUUUGUACGAUCGAUUCCACCAGAGCAAUGCACCGCGGAUUUUCCAGAUCAAGAAACAUUUGCUUGGCAUGUCUCAAGGAUCCCUUGACGUUAACACUUACUACACGCGCCUCAAGAUUCUUUAG